AUGAAUCGCAUGAUUUUCUUUCCCCUUCCCUUAACUGCUGAUUUUGAAGAUUUGGAUUAUCGCGAGAGUAAAGUGUACCAUCCAAAACGUACUGGCCACGAUAAGAACUUCAAAAGCUUGUACCGGUUCUCACGUAGAAACGUUAAUUUUUUGGCAAAUACUUUUUUGAACGAAUACAAUGAAAAGCGAGGUGGUGCACUGGAUAAUAUACAUAAAAUGAAAUGUUUACUUCGUUAUUUAGGAGAUCCCGGAUUCCAGGUUGGCGUUGGUGAGGAUUUAGGCAUUCACCAAUCUACUGUUUGCAAAACUAUUUGGAGUGUUGCUAAGAAAGUAGCAUCUAAGGCUUCCGAUUGGAUUAAAUUUCCUCAGAAUUAUGAAGAUUUCGAACAAGAAAAGAAAAUUUGGCAUCAAAAGUACAAAUUUCCAUCCGCAAUAGGAGCUAUUGACUGCACGCACGUUGCCAUAAAAAGACCACACAUUUUUCACGAAGAAUAUGUGAACAGAAAAGGUGUUACAACUUUUAACGUACAAGCAACGUGCAACGGAGCUGAAUUGUUCACCAGCGUUGAUUGCCGGUGGGUUGGCUCAGUUCACGAUGCGAGGAUUUGGCGCAAUUCGGGAAUUCGAAACCUUGUUGCAGAAAAUCUUUCAGGUGCAAUUCUCCUAGGGGACGAAGCUUAUCCUUUAACACCAUGGCUAAUGACACCCUUCAAAAAAGCAGAAACAGUUAGACAAAAAGCAUAUAAUAAGUUGCACUCGCAGGAACGUGUGAUUAUUGAAAGACUUUUCGGGCAGGUUAAACAAAGGUUUCCAAUCCUUCAAUCAAAAAUACGUUUAUCCACGGAUAAGAUACCUACUGUGAUAAUAGCAUGCUUCGUCUUACACAACGUAGCAAAAUUUCUGAACGAUGAUGACUUCGCUGAGGAUCUUGAUAAUAUUCCUGAUAUUUUAACUAACACGGGACAAGACACUGAAAAUUUAAAUAUUAUAGAGCGGGGUAAACGUCGACGAGACGUUAUAUCAUCCUAUUUAAGCUAA